AUGGAGAAUGCCAUUUUUGCUGAGAAAGAGAAGAAGUCGUCCAUUGCUUCUUACAAUGAUUUACCUAGUAGAAGAAAAACAACUCUGUCUGUGCACUACAAACUCUUUGAAGGCAGUCAUGUCGAGGAUAUUGUCAUGACAUCUGCCAUGAAGAGGCCAGUCUCAAAAGUUAGAGUAAUUGCUGAGCUUAAGGAGACAUGCAAAGAGCUAGGUGAAGGGAUUAGGGUAGCCACAGCUAGAAAACAAUCUUUGGAAGCCUUGAUUGCAAGCUUGGAGCAGGCUGGGGGUGAAAAUGUUGAACAUGCUAAUGUCAGUCAUGAAGAAGAAACUGAAGCCCACACCUCUAAAUACAUUCAUAUAGAUGGCACCUUCAAAGCAAAUAACCCCCAAACCCAAAACUCCCAGAAAGCAACAACAACUUGCCCCAGCCAAGAAGGUCAGGGCUCCCAGAAAGCAACCACCAGCCAUGAAGGCCAACCAACAACAACUCUCACCAGGACCAGCAAGAGCUUUUCAUCUUCUAUCAAACAGUUAAAAAUUAAUAUAAGGUGUUUUGAAAACAUUGGGAAGAACUAUUGGAUUUUACUCAACUGGCUGGAGCAAUUUGCUAAUAUCGAGUCAUUAAUGGUUGAUACAUAUACUCUUGAGGUUCUUUCUCUUGAUUUAUUAAAAGUUAAUCCACCUUCCCUAAUUAAUUUGAAGUCACUCAAAAUAGAAACAUCCGACGUUUCAUAUGUGUGCAGAUAUGAUGAAGAGAUAAACUUUUUGCUUCAAAACUCACACUCAGCAAAUGUUGAGAACAUUAUUGUAGAUGCGUUUGAUUAUUAAAACCCUAAUUAUUUGUGUUACUAUUUUAAUAUUUUAGGAUGAUUUUAUGAGUUAUUAAAAUAAUUUAUAAAAUAUUAUCAAAGUUAUUG